AUGAAGAGCUCUAGGUCCCCAUUCAAGAAGCUAUCGCAUAGUAGGGAAGCGUCGACUGGUGAAAGGCCCUCCUCCGCGUCACAUAAGCGAACAGUCUCUGGGAGUAGUGCUACUAAUAGCCACCAUAUCCGUAACGUGAGUGGGAGCGGAAAUGCGCCGCCAGUGUCUGGUAUAAAUACUUCACAUAGGAGGACGACAUCUAACUCUUCAAGAUCAUCUCAGAACUCAAAUUUUUUGGCAGAACAGUAUGAGAGAGAUAGAAAAGCUAUUAUUGCAAGUUGUUUCUCAACACAUGAUCCUAGGCACUCUGAAGCACCGAAUAGUUACAUUACGCAUGUCAGAAUAAUUGAAGAUUCUAGGUCGCCGAGCGCUAGACCUCCCCCAACGUCUGCAUUGCAGAAUAAGAAGAAGCGGAUUUUGAUUAUGAGCGUUAAGCCAAACAAUUCCAAUGCGAUCCAGUUGCAAAAAGGUCGUGAAAAUCAAGACGGAUCGUUUCAGAUAGGCAGAACUUGGGACCUCAAGGAGUUGACAAGGGUCGAGAGGGACACCGAAAUCAAUGAAGGUUUUAUCUUGACAUUGGGGAAAAAGUACUACUGGGAAACCAAUUCUGCAAAAGAGAGAACCGUUUUCAUUAAAUCGUUGAUAAAUGCAUUUAUGCAGGCCUUUGACGGUCAUGUUCCAGAAUUGGUCAAUUGGGAUCUAUCCACAUUUUACCUUGAUGAAAAGAGUUACAAUAGAGCAGUGAUAACAAGGACACCCUCAACUUCUAGAACAACUACUAUAACCACUACAACUAGUGAAUCGACUAGAGAAAAUGGAAAUGGUGAUUAUGCAGCAGCUCACCCUCAGGUCAAGUCUCCAGAACGCGCAGAUCGCUCAGGACAGGAUUCGCAAGUCACGAGAGGAAAUGUUGUCAACGCAUUGAGUAAGGUCCCAUACGUGAACAGUCCGACGAUUAUUGAGGCGAACAAGAGGUACGAGACUCAACUACAAGAUCGUACUUCCCCUGUUAGAAAUGAUCAGACUCCAGCAUCAAUUGUUAGUGGCGACUCUGGUACUACUACGCAAUCGCAACGCAGUUCAAGACAUAUACCACAAGCCGCUUUCACUACACCAGUGUGGCAAAGAGAAGUCUCGCCACCAGGUGAUAGUGCUUUAGGCAAAGAAUCGCAUUCGGAGAAGCACAUGAGCAUGUCAGAAAGUAGAAGCGAUCAUCUACUUGAAGAACUGAAUGAAAUGCUGAGUCCCGCGGGCUUAGCUUCAUCUGGGGCAAUUCCUAUGGAAAAGGAUGAUUCGGGCUCAAAGGAGUUUGUGGAUGCUGAACCUGUUGUAAAGAGUGCAAAGGUGCAAACCUUACCGGAAAGCCAUCAGUAUGAGCCAAAGGCUUUCGACGAGAAGAGUCUUGAUCUUAACGAAACAAUUUCAGUUAAUGAGGCCGAUGAAGCUGACGACACUAACGACCUCUCAUUCGAAAGAGGUGACGAGGUACGCUACAGUCAGGCCUUGGAUCCGGAUUCGAUGCAUAUGUACCAUGAAGUUUCGACCAUUCAGGAGGAAGCGUUAGUUACCAAUGCCGAGGAAAGCGCUUUGGUAAAUCAUGAAGGAACAAAGGCACUGAUUGAAAAGCAAGAAAUCGUCAACAAAAAGACGUGGGAUAUUGAUGAUGAGGAAGUACUUGAAAUCCUAACGGAAAUUAACUGGGACAUUGAUGAUGAUGCUGAAAGCCUAAUAAAAAGACUUAAUGCGAAAAUGGCCGAGACGGAGUACAAUUUCAAUAAUACUCUUUUGUCAUUAGAAAAGCUAGGUUCGACACUGCUGCCGUACGAGCAAAAUGUUGAUCGGGAAUGCGAUAGAAUGAAUCCUAUUCUAUCUUUAUUUCUCAUGGAAAUGGGCAACGUUGCUGGAGACAUUGAAUAUGUGGAGAGUCAAAAUAACGGAUUGCAGGUUGAAAGUGCAAACAAAAAAUUGUUGUGGAACACACUGUCUGAGCUACUGAAUACAGUUUCCCUAGACGAAGCUAACUUGAAUGAAUUGUUGAACUAUCCUAUUACUGAAAAGUAUCUAGGUAGGAUGGAGCAACAGUUGGUAGCUCUAUACAAAGCUCUCAAAGCUAUUAAUGGUGAAAAAGAAGAGGGACAUUAUAACCUUGGUGAGAUGAGAGCACUGAAGCAAAGGCGAGAAGCGUAUGAGAAAGUGACCAAAGUUUUCAUUGAGAGAUUAGUUACCGAAAUGACCGGAAAGUUUGCCAAUUCGUCAAAGGACGAUAUUUCUGAGGACCAGCUUUCUAGUUUUUUGAGUCGUCUAUUGAAGUUUUCGUCUUUGACUCUUUUCUGCAAAGAAAUUUCACCAGAAUCGUAUCAGCUUUUGAUCGAAAGCUGGAGCAAUAGCAUUGCCGGAGUUUACAAUAAAAUGUGCCACUCAAUUUUGAAGGAGUUGAAAUUUUUAAAGGACUCUUUCCCUUUAAGUGAGCAGAAGACAAUUAACGAGCAGCCUGGUCUGAAUGCCCUGCUCUCGCAGUGGAAACAUCCCAAAGAUACCAAGGCUGCUCAGACGUCAAACACAGAAUCUGAGAAUCUAUUGCAUAGUUUAAGAGAAUACAUGCAAACUAUUGGAAGAUGGUGUAUCUUUUAUCAGAAUUUUAUCGAUAAUUUCUUUCACAUCUCUUCCAAGCUUGAUUUUGAACAAUUUGUCAAAAAAUACAGCGAUCCAAAUAGUAGAAUGAUUCCACUGACCGAAUACAAGAGUAUGCAAUCAGAUAGAGAUUCUGCCUCAAUUGAAACACAAAUAGUUUCCAGGACCUUCCAACCAAUUGUCAACCACAUAGCCUCCUGUUUCACAGACCUAUUAAAGGGCGACCGAUCGAUUGCUCCAGCCCUGAUGAUCUCUCUAGAGCAAGAAGUGAAAGUCUUGGAAUCAACCAACGCCGAGUUCCUGAUGACUGCUGUCUCCAGAGUGCUAUCCCAGGUAAAGCAGGUCUGGGUAGACCAUGUCGAUGAGCAGAUAAUGUAUUUGGAGAGACUCUCAAUUAGCGUCUCUUCUAAAUGCAUAUUACCUUCUGUUAUCGGACUGCCGCUCUUCAUCAAGAACUCGCAAGAUCUCAUCAAAGUUACAGAGCGCGAAAUACACAUAGAAGAUGACAGUUCGUUUAAGGCCGCUCAGAUAUAUGAUGCCGCCUGCUCUAAGAUGAGUAGUGCCGUGACAAAACUGCUAGCCAGGAAAAACGACACGAACAAGCUGUUGGACUCAGCAGAAGCUGCAUCUUCAGACUCAGCCAAUAUUGACAGAACGAUCACGCUGUUGAUGAACUGUCAUUGGUUGCUUGAACUACUAACCUUACUGAAUGGCAAAGGUGUGUUUGAUUCUUCAUUACAGGAUGCAAAGAAGAUUUUUGAUGCGGAAAAGGAAACGUACGCUUCCUUCCUACUGCGAGUUGCCAUGCCCAAGUUAACACUGUUUGUACACGGUGCCAGCAAUCUGAUCGACAGUACGGUACCGGGCAGAGUCGCUGAUCCCUCCAAAUGGGCCGCUUACAGCAAGCACAACCUGGAGAAUAUUCUAAUCGGAUAUACUUCCAACGAGAUCGAUAUCCUCGUCAAAAGGCUGCACGACCACAUGCUGGCCCAUUUUGCGAACGAGCCCGACGAAACUAUUAAAGAAGUGCUUUGUGACAAACUGUGGUCCUGCAUCCAGGGCCAAACUGUCUCGCUAUAUCUAAAGCUCUACAUGCUAAUCGAGAAGCAUUACAAGGGCACCUACGUGAAAUUUACCAAGAACGAUAUCAUCACCGCAUUCGAGCGCUACAAAAAGCAGAACUUUCUCUGA